ACAGACGUCUAAACAUUGUGGUGUAUGACAGAGCACCAGAGCACAGUUUAAAUCGAAUUCAUGUACUGGAUGUAUAUGACAAUAGACCGACCACCGUGCGCACCCCAGUCAGUCACCGUAUAGACACGAUUCAUUCAAGACGCGUGGUACAAAUGCAGCCAAGAUUUCGUACACGAGUCAAAUUAAAAUAAUAAUUAGAACAAUAAACAUAAAGACACACAAAUGGGAUAAAAACUUGCCACAGACUUUAAUAAUAAUAAAAUAAAUUGACAAAAGUUCAAAGAUCACUUUUACUGGAAAAGACAUUUCUUUUUUAAGUUUUCCUAUAAUUUUCGUGUGAUAUUAGUUCGUAAGUUAGUUCAUUAAUUAGUUAUAAGUAGUGCUUGUGAUUUUUGGUGUGUGUUAGUACAAGUGCACGAAGAUGGAAGAGAACGGAGGUCUCGUUGGAACCAAUCUGAAGCAGUAUGAGGCGGAGAAAACCGGUUUUUUGUCGGUAUCUAGUAAGGGUACUAAGGAGCGUUUGCAACGGGCGCCCUUCGAGACGGCUCUGCAUCACGCCGGUUACGGCGGGUUUCAAUGGAUGCUACUAAUGUCUUGCGGGGCUGUGUACGCGGUGUGCGCCAUCAGUACAACGACACUCAGCUUCGUGCUGCCCGCUGCUGGACAUGACUUCGACUUAUCAUCGAGCGAUAAGGGCAGACUCACAGCGACACCACUCAUUGGAAUGUGCGUCGGGUCAUAUUUCUGGGGCAACUUAGCAGACGGUAGAGGGAGGAAGAAGGCUAUCAUAGGAGCGCUGUUGGUAGACGCGCUGGCUGCCUUCCUCUCCAGUGUUGUCCAGUCUUUCCCUGCAUUUCUGGCAUGCAGAUUCUUCUCCGGGUUCGGCAUCAUCGGAGCCACCGGUCUAAUCUUCCCCUACUUCGGGGACUUUCUUUCACUCCGGCACAGAGAUGUUAUGCUGUGCCGACUAGAAGUGUUCUGGACCAUAGGAACAAUUUUAUUGCCAGGCAUAGCCUUCGGCAUCAUUCGCGGUGACACAUUCAACUUCACAGAGCCUAACGCAGCGUUCAGUUAUAAUUCGUGGAGGGUGUUCGUGGCCGCGUGUGGUCUUCCCAGUCUCCUCGUAGUUCUCCUGCUCGUGCCCUUCCCAGAGAGUCCGAGGUAUCUACUGCACGCUAACAAUGGGGAGAAAGCACUACAAGUCCUGAAGAGGAUCUUCGUCUUCAACACGAAACUUAGUGAUAAGGAUUUUCCAGUGGAAUCUAUGAUCAGCGGAGCAGACGGCGAGGAGGAAAUAGUGUCUGCUGACAACAAUGGCAACGAGACCAAGACCCCGCUGACGUGGAACCAGCGCUGGGAGGCGUUCUGGAUCCGCAAGAAGAUGCUCGUCACUCCGCCGUACAUCGGCCUGCUCGCGCUCUGCUGCUUCGUCGACUUCGGCCUCAUGUUCAGUUACUACACCCUGAUGAUGUGGUUUCCUGAUCUGUUCGAGAGGUUCAGUGUAUUCACGUCCUUGUAUCCUGAUACAUCGGCCGGCGUUUGUGAGGUCUCUCUGCGAGUCGCUAACGAGACACGAGACGCUCUCACACAGAGUACAGAGGUGAUGGACGACAAAGUGUACAUCCACACAUUGUUGGUAGCUCUCAGUUGCCUCCCCACAGCUCUCUCGGUUGGCUUCACCAUCAAUAUGGUUGGCAAGAAGCUCAUGCUAGUGAUGAUGCUGAUCAGCUCCGGUCUGGCGGCUCUGGGCUUGAACCUGGUGACGUCAUCGCUGCAGAACCUCAUCCUCUCGUGCGUGUUCGAAGCCAUCGUCAGCUGCACGGAGGCCGUGCUCUUCUGCGUCAUUUGCGAGAUCUUUCCUACUAAAGUCGCCGCGACGGCGAUGUCGGUGACGGUGAUGUGCGGGCGCGUGGGCGCCAUCGUGGGGAACGUCAUCUUCGGCGCGCUCGUGGACAAGCACUGCGUCGUGCCCAUAUACAUGUUCGGCUUCUUCCUCAUCACGAGUGGCCUGUUGUGCACAAUACUCCCGAAGAGCACGCGGCCGGCGCGGCCCGAGUGACCGCACUACGCCCCACAUUAAUGUAUCAUUAACAUAAUGCUAUUGUAUAGAACACAUUGUUUUAUUAAACCGACCUAUUUUCUUUUAUAUCAUAUUUUGUUUUAUUUUAUCAUUGA